CAAUAUUCAGUUACUUCCGGCGGAACGAAAGAUUGGGUUAGCUGGCCUUCAACAAUAAUGAGUUCAUCGAAACCUCACCUAGGCCUACUGACAUAGAGGCAAAGUUUUGUCAAAGAUCGAACUUUAGGAUCUUUGGGUCUUUGGUUUUGUUUUGAAUCAAGUCAGGCUGAGGGAUGGAAAGUCAAGAAACGGACACAGAUUCCUUGGUGCAAAUGGAUGCGGUGGAAGACGCAGACGAGAAUGAACUCCUUGGUGGAGUUGGGGAGGAGGAACAACAAGAGGAGGGUGGGUCAAACGAUGUGGAUGAGACGGCAGAGGACCUCAUGACAGACAUGAAACUGGAGGACGAGAUUGAUGAAGCCAGGAACAUAGAACCGGAUUUCAAGUGGACUUACUUCAUCGAGGUCUACCCCUGGAGUGCGGAGGACAUGACAGAGAACUUUGUGAAGGUCAUCAAACUGUCGCACUUCACGCGAGUGGUCAUGAAGAAGAAAAAAGUCCCCACUGAAUCGCCAGAUUUGCAGACUCGCCAGAGAAAGGGGUGUGUGCAGAUCUUCCUGGCCGAUCGUCAGACUGCUAAGACUGUGAUGCGCAGCAUGACCUGGAAGAGCAUGGCUGCCAAGGAACUCACUGUGGAGGUCACCAGACGUGACCCUGACCUUGGUGUGACGGAGUCAGCUUAUCUGGAGGUGAAUUCGUACUCUCUUUGCAAAAUUCGAUUCCGCGAAAAGGCUAAAGGAGAGUUGCGGGAUCGCUCAGCUAAAGUCUCAAAUCUACCCGGAGCUAUCACUCUGGGGUUUCUGGAAGUGAUUCUUAACCGGGCCUUCCCAGUGAUUAUGGGGCAAACUCGCAAAGUUUCUGAGACAAACCCGUCGCAGAAGCUUCAGGAUAUUGAAGGUUUUCAUGGGAGCCUGGACUUUGACUGUCUGACCCGCGGAAGUUGCCGAGCGUUUGUCCUGGCCCACAAAAAGGUGGUAAUGAACGGGCAACAGCUUGGCUUUGAGGCCAAUGACAAGGAGACCAUGGUGGUUCCCCCGUUUACUCAUGACGGGGGAACCAAGAGGAAACAAGAGCACGUGUCUGCGUCCAGUAAUGCUGUCCAGCCAAGCAGUCCGUUCCCCAGUGCCAGGGGUCGUGGGGGUCACGGGAUGGGAAGGGGCGGGAGGGGAGGAGCCACAGCCUUCUCCGGCCCCCGGAUGAGAGGCUUGACCAAGGACGGCGGCGGCUCGGGUCAGCGGGCCAGGGGUCUGGGCCGGGCCAUCAUGCCACUCAUGAGACCAGUCAGUGCCCCGUUUCCCCGCGUUGGUCCUGGCAUGCCUGUUCCUAUGACUGGCAGACAAAAGAUGAAUGAAAAGCUGCGGAGAAACAACAAUUCUGGACUGAACUCUGUCCCGGGUGGGGGCGGAGUGAUGUACCCUGUGCCGGGGGGCAGUAUGGCCAUCAGGGGCUCUGGUCCCGGGGGGUCCGUGGGCGACUCCUUCAAACAGGAAAUAGCCUCGCUACAGGACCAGCUGGAGCGCAGCACCAAGGUCAUCGAGGCCAAGAUUGCCUUGCUGCAGCAGUCGGGCGGAUUCUACGAUGCCGAGAUGGCCGCAUUUGGCCCAGGAUUUGACUCGGGGCCGUGGGACGGUGGAGACUUUGGCUACGACAACGACUACGGCGUGGAGACGUUUGGGGAGGAGGAUAUGUACAGGCUGCCGGCUGCGCACGAUUUCCCGGCGGAGCCACACGCCUUGAUGCAGGCCGGUGUGCCCGGGAGGGGGGGCCUGGUGGGUGUCCAGGGGUACAGAGGGCUCCCCGGGAGGGGCCACAGGGGGAGGGGCAUGCUGCAGAUGAGGGGGAAGACGAGGAGUCGGCCGUCGCGGAGAGGCAGUAUGUCUGCCGCCUGGUGACGAGAGCCUGAUUGAGAGGCGAUGUGCUUGGUGACAAAGCAGCGAUUCAUGAUAGAGAGUCGAUAUGUCUGAUGACAAAUCAAUGACCCCUAACAGAGUCGAUAUGUCUGGUGACUAGGCUAUGACGGAGAGGCAGUAUGUGUGCUGCCUGGCGACUAGACUGACGGAAAAGCAAUUUCUGGUGACAAGACUUGACGGAGAGGCGAUACGUCUGACUGGACUAAUGGAGAUGCGAUAUGUCUGGUGACAAAACAGUGACUCGUGAUAAGAGAGUCGAUAUGUUUGGUGAUUAGGUUGUGACGGAGAAUAAAUAUGUGUGCUUCCUGGCGACUAGACUGACGGAAAGGCGAUAGUCUGGUGACUAGACGGACGGAAAUGCGAUAUCUGGUGACUGGGCUAUGACGGAGAGGUGGUGUGUUUGGUGACUAGACUGAUGGAGAGAUGAUAUGUUUGGUGACAAGAUUGACGGAGAGAGGAUAUGUUUGGUGACUAGAUUGACGGAGAGAGGAUAUGUUUGGUAACUAGAUUGACAGGGAGGUGAUAUGUUUGGUGACUGGGCUGUGACGGAGAGGCGAUAUGUCUGGUGACAAAACAGUGACUCAUGAUAGAGAGUCGAUAUGUCUGGUGACUAGACUGAUGGAGAGGGGAUAUGUCUGGUGACUUGACUCUGACGUAGAGGCGAUAUGCCUGGAAACUGAUGGAGAGGUGAUAUGUCUGGUGACUAGACUGUGACAGAGAGGCGAUAUAUGUCUGUGGUAUGGUGACCAGACUGGCUUGUUUCUGAUCAUGUGGUGGAUAAAGUAAAUUGUUCGCAAGUGCAAAAAUUUGUGUUCAAACGUGUUGGUUUUUGGAGAUGUAUUUUGUAAUUUAUGAGUCAAAAUGGUAUUUUUUAAAAAAAUAUUUUAAAACCCCUUUAUUGCCUUUUGACUCACCAUGGACGUCACUAAAGAUGACAAAAUUUUCCACUCCUGGUUGCCUAUAUGAUGCCAACAUGUACGUCACGUUAUCGAUAGCAAAUUUGCUAGCAUUAGUUUACUGCUAGGCUUGCAAAUAAUGGAUAAACACAGGUCUAGUCUUGUUGGCGAACGUCUGCUCUCACGAAACAAACACCACAAUGACUUUUAAAAGGGCAGAAAAUUUCACCUUUUGACUUAGAUUUGCAAGUUUUUCAAAAUUAUGAGUAAGAUGGGAAGGAAUACAGGGAUUGUGGAAAGUGAAGAAAGUUGCACGAUCGAAGACCUGGGGUCUGAAAUAUGUCACAAGUUGAUAGAUCUAGACCGUGAGUCCCCUAAAACUGAGACAUGAGACUGCUGUCCUGGCUUACAUGCAAUGCUGAAAAUGAAUGCUAAUAGUAGGAAUGCACACACCAUGGCGGCUGAGAGGUUAAGGAUGUAUUUUGUCAUUUGUGAGCAAAAAAUUUUUUUUAAGAUGUAUUUUGGCAUUUGUGUGAAUGUGGGUUUGAGUUUCUGGAAGAUUCAGGCCUUGUGUUGCUUCCUGCAAACCCUGGCAAGAAUUUGUAUUUUUAUCAGGGGCUACGGGGAAACCUUUCACAUGCUGCACAAGUACCAAUACCGACUAAUCGCACAUUUAUAUAAAGUACACUAUCUACUGAGUAAAUGGAUUCAUACUGAUUUUAUAUUAAAAGCUGAGAUUUUUUUUUUAACAUCGUAACUUAUUUCCCCCCCCCCCCCCCCCCCCCCCAAGUACACAGUUCUGAGAUACUAGUUUUAAAUGUGUGAGAAUGUAUGUGUAGGUCUGAGAGUUAUGUGCGUUGGGGGGGGGGGGGGGGGGGGAUGUGUAUGGGUUGUUAAAUGGUCUUACAAUGUACAUAUUUUCUGUCUUUUCAUUUGUCAAUUGUGUUGAGUGAUAAUUCUGCUGUGUGCAGCGCUUAGUCAGAGCGUUAUCUCUCCUUCCUAUUUGUAUUUGUUACUCUCUUGUAACACCACUAAUCUUCAACAUAAUAUAUAUAACCUAAUUGUGUUGCGCAGUUGCAGGUGCAGUAAAACCUUUACUAAAAAGAAAAGACAGGUCCUACAGUUGAGUGGCCAGUGAAUAUGAAUAUAUAUGAGUGUGUCCUCUGAUGUGUGCACACCUGGGUGGUUCACACAUGUGUUCUUCUUUCAUAUACUAUGAUUGACUGAAUGUAAAUAUUUAUUCAUAAUGUAUUUUGUAAUGAACUUUAAAAAAAAAAAAAGAAUAAAUGAAAGAGCUAACGAA